GCGGGCGGACAUGGACGGCACUCAAGGACUUUCACUGUAUCGAGAUGCUGGAUACGCUUGGCCUUGACAUGUUUUUUUAUUUUUCCAGUGAUACGAAGUGCUUGGAAAUGUGUUCAAGGGCGGAAACUAGUUUUGUAUUGUUAUUUCAACUAAUUCGGUUAAAACACCAAACAUCUGUGUGAACAACUGUCAGCAUUUACACAUUCUGAUUUUCUCACAAUUCUGUUGUACAAAUACUAUUCCAGGGAUUGUAAAAUGGAAACAAAAAAUCUAAUAUUAGCGACUGGGACGAAGCUUGACAUUUUUUGUACAACUUUUCCCUAAUAUUAUUGGAUAUACUGGAUUUUGGAUAUUUUCGAGUAUUUUCUGUGGGCAAAACACAAUGGAAAUACAACUUUUGAGCUUGUUUUGCUUGCUGGCGUGUUGCGAACUUUCAGUUUUUAUAAAUAGUCAUAACAGGACUGAAAUCUCGACAAAAAACAAUUAUUUUACGCAAAAAGUGCGGGAAAUAAGCCGGGAGAGACGUGUACUUAAUAAUAACAUUUAUUACAAAACAGUUAAAGAGGAAAAACAAUCUACAGGUGUGACUUCAUCGCCCGGAACUACAACAUUGAUAAAAACGAUUCAUUUAUUGACCCAUUACGAGUCAGUGAACUUGAGCGAUGCCAGAAGCGGACAUAAUCGACGACUAUCGAGACAGAACGACAGAUUUCGCAAAAUUGACAAAUAUAGCCAUUUUCAGUCAAUAUUGAGACAAACAGAUAACGAAAGUUGUAUAAAAGUUGGCCAUCACAGACAGAGAAGAGAGGCUGUUAACAAGAACGAAAGGAAUCAAACCAAUGAGUCGUCAGUAGAUGCACGUGAACUGGAAUCAUUACCGAAGCCUGAAGCGCAGAUCCAGCCUACAGACAUUCCCAUUGAUUCCUCAAGCAUCCCUAAAUGGGACACCUCGCCUGGAGAAGACUAUGAGGAGCUCUUCACCUCGUUCAUUCCCUUUAAUGCCCGAUCAAGAACCCCAGGGGUCAGGAAUCCGUUUUACCCAGUGACGAGUGAAUCUUACGGUGCAUAUGCUGUCACGUGCAUCUCCAUCAUCCUUUUCACUGUGGGCAUUAUUGGGAAUAUAGCAAUCAUGUGCAUAGUGUGCCACAAUUACUACAUGAGAAGCAUUUCAAACUCCUUACUGGCCAAUCUUGCCCUGUGGGAUUUUGUCAUCCUCUUUUUCUGCUUGCCACUUGUUAUAUUCCAUGAACUCACUCAGGAUUGGCUCCUUGGGGAAUUCACCUGUAAAAUCAUUCCCUAUAUUGAGGUGGCUUCUUUGGGAGUGACUACAUUCACGCUUUGUGCAUUGUGCAUUGACCGUUUCCGUGCAGCGAGCAACAUCCCGAUGUACUACGAGAUGAUUGAGAACUGUGCUUCUACUGCAGCCAAGUUAACGGUGAUCUGGCUCGGUGCUCUGCUCCUGGCCCUGCCCGAGCUCCUCAUCCGGCAACUGGUGAAAGAGGAGCGUGAGCCUCCGGAGGCGACACCCUGCGAGCAUUGUGUAGUCCAAAUUUCCACGGCGCUCCCGGACACGCUCUACGUUCUUGGACUCACCUACAACAGUGCUCGCCUCUGGUGGUACUUUGGCUGCUACUUCUGCUUGCCCACCAUCUUCACCAUCAUCAGCUCGGUGGUGACUGCUCACAAGAUCCGCAAGGCCGAGCACGCCAGCAUCCGUGGCAACCGCAAGCAGAUCCAACUGGAGAGCCAAAUGAACUGCAUUGUUGUAGCUCUAGCCAUCCUGUAUGGCUUUUGCGUCAUUCCGGAGAACAUCAGCAACAUCGUAUCGGUGUACAUGGCAACAGGUGUGCCACGUCGCACACUGGAUAUCCUGCAUCUGGUAAGUCAGAUGAUGAUGUUCUGCAAGUCGGCAGUUACACCUAUGCUGCUUUUGGUACUUUGUCGUCCUUUUAGUAAAGCCUUCCUGGAUUGUUGCUGCUGUUGCUUUGAAGAGUGCGGCCCACCAAAAUCCUCCACGGCCACCAGCAAUGACAACGAUCAGGACGGCACCACUGACCUGGAGCUUUCACCCUACAGCACCAUCCACAGGGAAACAUCUACCUUCCCAAGAGCAGGAACGCACUGCUAAGGUUGCACCUUACCUAAGGGAUACACAUUACCCUUGCAGGGUACAUUACCAAGGGCUCAGAUUUACUGAAUAAACCAAUCGAGAAAAGUCAUUUUUCUGGAUGCACAAUUUUUAGAUUUAUGCGCGGCCCUUGUUUUAAUACUGCCUAAUGUUAGGCUGUGUUUUGAAGAUGAUGUCGGAAACUGAGCAUUUUACCUUGUGAAAAUACAGUAGGGACAAAGAGCCACGUUUAUUACAGGACAGAUUGUCUUUGAGAUGCAACUUCCAUAUUGCUGUUUACAAUGAAAAAACGUGAGUAUUGUGUACUGUAGUUUGUUGGAAGAUUAUAGGAAGUCUAGAAGGAUUAUGAAUUAACUCGCAUGCAUAUGUAAUAUUUGCACAUUUUUCUUACCCCUAUAUUUUUCAGUCGUAAAGGAAUAGUUCACCCAAUAAUAUACAGUACUAGCCCUCAUGAUGGUUAAAACCUGUACUACUUUUUACUUCCGUAGAACAUAAAAGGAGUGUCACAGAAUGAUUACCCAAGCUGCUCUUUUCCAUACAACGAAGGUACAGUAGACAGUGAUCAGUGGCUGUCAAGCUCCAAAAGCAACAUAUGUUUAAUGAAAGUAGUACAUGCAACUUAUACGUUAGACUCCAAGUCUUUUCUAAAGCCAUACGAUAGCUAUGAAAUAGUUCUAUUUUUAUCCCAUAUGCACUUACACAUUUUCAAAAUUGUCAAACAUCA